UUAGGCGCAUUUUACUGACGGUGUGUUUUGCUUCCGGUGAAAGCUGUUCGUUGAAACGAUUCUGCUGAUUUUCUUGACUUAUUCGUGUCUGGUUGCACCGUGAUGAAUAAGAACAAAGUUAGUGGUGUGUCCUGGGUGAAACCAGCGGAACCUUCCUUUUUGAAGAGGUUUAAAAAUGAUGUUGGCUACAAAGAAGGCCCCACUGUUGACACUAAGCGUCAGGAAAUGCCCACACUGGAUGAUGACAGUGGGAGUGAUCGAGAAGAUGAAUUACCUCAAGUUGUUGUCCUUAAAGAUGGAGACCUGACCUCCGAGGAAGUUAAACUUGUCAAGGAAGGAAUAAAACCUGACACAGAGUCAGCGAAAAGCGACGAUCCUCGUGAAGAUGGUAAAAUCCUCUUCAAGAAACCAGCAAAGCGGUCCUCCGCUGACAAAUUUCAAGGAAUAACUGCCAGUUCCAGCAAAAAGAAGCGGGAUACAGUGGAGAAAGAAGAGAAGGUGGUGAAUUCUGGGAAGAAAGUGAAAAACAGCAGCCUUUUGUCAUUUGGUGAUGAUGAGGAGGAAGAGGAAGACUAGUACUGGACUCAGUCUUGAUAUUUUCCAUAUGAGGAAUUCAUGGUCUCUAAUAGAUUUUUCCAUGUGUGUAGACCUAACUAACUCAUAUGGAUGUGUGUGUGGUGUGUGUGUGUGUGUUUAAUAUAGUUAUUAAAUGAGGCUGCCUCCUGAUUUGUACUCUGUAUUGAUUGAUAUAGGCUUGCAGUCAAACCUGAAUAAGAACACAGAUGAAAUACCAGCAAUAUCUGUAUUGAAUCGGCAAGUUUAACUCUUUACUCAUUUUGAUGUCUAAUGCUUACCAAGAAAAGAAAUGCAUCACCUGUAUUGACAUUACGUUACGUUCUUGGUGCCCUGUUCCAGUUCUCAUCCCAAAAUAAAUUCUCAUCACACUCCUUGCUCCAUAAUCACAAACGGGAUGUAGCCAUGAUGGCGAGGUAGUAUCUUCACUGUUGGACAAAUUUAGAUAUCACGUAGAAGUAAGGCUCUUAUGCAUGUAUGUGGAUUGCCUGUAUUUGUUGUACACGGCAAUCUUAGUGUAUAGUCUGCAUGGUAGAAUUUUAAUACAUUCAAUUAUGCAUUGAAUGAAUAAAAAUGUUCUAGCUUCAAAGGGAAGCUGUAAAUGUAUCAGUGCAUUAGUUUUAAUGCAAUGGUUUAUUUUUUUGUACCAUUUGAUCUUUAUGUAUCACCUAAACAUUAAAUAUUUUAAUCUCC